AUGGUGGUGGUGGUCGGGGUCUCCGGCGUUUCUGCCGCUGGCUGGUGCUGCCACGAUGCCCGGCCUGCUUUUCCCUUUUUUUUUUUUUUUUUCCCCCGCCACCCGCCCCGCGCUCCUUGCCGCCUCAGUCAGGCCCGGCGGCUGCUGUCGGGGACGGCUGGGCCGAGCGUGCGCCUGGCGCGGGGCCUGGCCGCGGGGAGACAGUGCCGCUCCUCGGCCGGCCGGGGAAGAACAGCCCAGGAGGAGAGGCCGCGGCUCGGCUCGGCUCGGCUCUCCGGCGGCCGUCCAGCCUUCCUUCUUUCCACGCAGGCGGGGAGCGAGCAGGCCCGCCCUCCUGGCCGCCGGCCCAGCCGGAUGGGGCCUUUCCGCGCUCGGGACCGCGGGGAGGAGGAGGAGGAGGAAGCGGCGGCGUGGGGGUGCAGUAGGCCGCAUCCUCCGAGCGGGAUCUCCUCAGGGCCCCGGGCCUGGUUGGCUUGCUUCCCCCACGAAGGAAAGGAGAGUUUAAACUGCAGGUCUCAAAGAAUUUGGUCCUAAAUUUGAACUGCUGCCUGCACCAAUUUUAAUCUGGCCAGAUUCUGCAAUCUGCUUCAGAAACCUUGCUGUCUUGAUGGAGUCAAUUCAAUGAAAGAACUCAAAAGGAAGGAAAAGUUGAAGAAAGUCAUGCUUGAAUAAAGUUUAUUAAAGUUUCACUUAUCAGCAGA